GAAACAACAGGAUCUUCUCCACUGACUCCAGAACUGAUCCAGGUUCCUCUAGCUCCACAGAAGACACAGUCACCCCUAGAGGAGAAUGACAGCCAGUCCUGGGGUGUCACUGAGAAGUCUAACCUUUCUGGACUAUCUGCUGUAGCUCCAUCCAGGAAUCUGCUCGGAUACAGAGAGAAGUCAGCCCCUUAUCCUAUAGAUCACACUGAGGAGCGCACAAUCAUGCAGCACCCCCUGGAUAUUGGGGCUCACUACUUCCCACAUGAAACCUUUGCUGAUCACAGGUCUCAUCGAUACAGGAGCUUCAUGAUCGAAGAGAUUUUAACAGAUCAUCAGGACCCCAAAACUGCCCCUCCAACAGGGGAGCUGCUCAAAUUUGGGGUACAGGCCCUGCUCUCUACUAGACCUUACCACAACCACCUGGCUCUACUGAAGGCAGAACAGGCUUCCAUGUUCAAGUUCCCCCUCAGCCCCUUAAGCUGCCCCGGUCUGAGCUCCCCCAUAAGCUCUGCUCUUCUGGCUGCCAGCCAGGGUCUCCAAGGAGGGUCAGGGUCUCCUCACCACCACCUGCCACUAGAACUGCACCUCAGGGGGAAAUUGGAGGCAGGGAUUUCAGAACAGGGCAGCAAGGCCAAGAAGGGCAGAAGAAGCCGGACAGUAUUUACCGAGCUGCAGCUGAUGGGACUGGAGAAGAGGUUUGAGAAGCAGAAAUAUCUCUCCACACCUGACAGGAUAGACCUGGCAGAAUCUCUGGGCCUCAGUCAGCUCCAGGUGAAAACAUGGUAUCAAAACCGGCGCAUGAAAUGGAAGAAAAUAGUUUUACAAGGUGGGGGACUUGAAUCCCCAACUAAACCCAAAGGUCGCCCUAAGAAGAAUUCCAUCCCGAGCUGCGAGCAGCUUUCAGAGCAGGAGAGAGCAAAGGAGGCAGAGAAACAGCUGGAGGAGCUGCACUCACCUUGUGAGGUCAAUCAGGAGGAGUAGGAGACCCCAUGGUGGUAUGGCGGAAAUGAGCAGAGGAGCCCGCUGAUUUACCCUGCAGAGGACAUUGCCCUGGAGAACCCAUUGGUACUUACCUCCAGGAUGAGAAGGGUACUUAAGAUGGAGCAUGUCACAAAGUGGUUUACUCAGAAGCACUGGGACUUAAUGUAAAGCAACACAAGACUUAUACAAGAGGUGCACAGAAAGGUUCCAAGGAACAGAGACACUUACCUACUGUAUGGUCCAGACCAUACACUAAAGACUUUGAAGAAGCCUGUAUUAUGGGAUCUCAGGCCACAGCUUAGCUAAUAUGUUGGCCCCCAUUGGUACAAAACCCCUUUAAUUAUUCUGAUUACAGAAUGUGGAUUUUUUUAAUAUAUGGAAAUAGGGAUUUAAGUUACAGAUUCCAACAUUUGUUAUCUGACCUGAAGAUACAGUAAGACAAGCUGAGUGACAACAAGGGUUAGUAGACUAAUCUUCCUUGUCCUUUCUAUUUAAUAUUCUAUUUGUAUGCGCUGUGU